AUGGUCUUCGCAUUCACGUUACCAACAACCUCACCUCUGUCCUUUCAAACAUUCAUCAGCUCACCCACACAUCCCUCGCUUCCCCAAUCUGCAUCCACAGCCCGUCAUGCUCUCCGGCUUGCCCUUAAAGCCCAUAAGCGUCUACCCCGCGGCGCGCGACAAGAUGCACAUCUUCCCGCUGUUUCGGCCGCUUUGAAUGAGUACAUCCCGUAUCUAUUCGCAAUUUCCAACGGCUUGUCUGCGGAGUCAGCGCAAGUCGAGUCCUUUGAAACCCCGACAUAUCAGUCCGGCGGAGAUGCAGUCGAAGUCGUUUCUCACGCAGAGGUUCAGUCCGCAUGGAGAGCCACGCUUUCCGCCAACACCGGUGGAGGUCUUCAUAUCCACGCGCCUUCAGGCCAGACCAAUCAUAAACUACAACGUCUCCAUGGGGGCCGUACUGCCGGUCUAGGUAUUGACUUUGAGAUCGCCUUCACCUUGACCACGCUGGGCUACGUACUGAGUCGACUUGCGCGCGCUGAAGUGCUCGAGUCACUCUACGCACCGAAAACCCAAUCGCAAGAACAGCGCACGGCAGCUGUUCAAAACGCCACGCGCAACUUGCUCCAGGCAAGCUCGGUGCAUUCUCUUCUAGCUACGUCGACGGUGUAUGCGUCAGUGCCUGUGAUUUCAACGCCGGAGAUCGACCCGGGCACGCAAUCGGCGCUAGCGUCAUUAGCUCUCUCUGAGGCCACUCUUCUAGCUGUCCUGAAAGAUGAUGCCUACGUCACGGCGUGUAUUCAAUCGCGCAACCCAAAUGAUCGUGACUGGAUGGUGCGGGCGCCGGAAAUCCCAAAGGUGCGAGCACUGCUUUUUGCGAGAUUGUGUGUUCGCGCUGCGGAGUAUGCGGAACAAGCUGCAGCAGGACUGAGUGUUGUGGGAUCCGGCGCGAGAAAGCUCGAGAGAGUGAAUGAGGAGACUGUCCGAUAUGCGGGUGUCCUGGGCCGAGUCGCUCGCGCGCGUGCUUGUCGAUUUUUUGCCAUUGAUGCCGAGUUGGCUGGCAAGACGGGUGAAGCUAUUGCUUGGUUGCGUGCUGCUCGAUCUGCCCUGGGACUCCGACCCGGCGUGGAUGCGCACUCUACGGAGCAACGUGAAAUUUCAAGCUCUUCAGGAAAAAGUGGCUUCUCUCGACUGAAACGGGAAUGGACCGAACGACGAGAAGAAAAGAAAAUUGGCAAGGAUGCCGGAACGGGACGCGGAGAUAAAGGGAUUGUUGACGCCGGUGAUGACGCAGGCCGUGAUGAAGAAGGUCGAGUGAUUACCAUGUUGGAGACCAAGUGGAUGAAGCAGAAUGAUACAGUAAGUCUAAUGUAUCCGGUCUGUGGUGAAAGAAAGAGCGAGCAUGACUGA